GUUUUCAGGCAGCGGACUGCGAUGCACUGUACUUGUUAGAUAUGGCAAGUUUCCUUUUGUAUUUCUGCAUCCCUGAAUCAUGCUGUAGAUUUCCAUUCCUGGCAUUUUGGAUGGUCUUUCACUAUGUGUGUUAUCAGCAUUGACAGGCUCAGGGAAGAACUGGAAACCUUCUCUUAUAAGGACCCCAAAUUCUCCUGAACAUUAGGUAGCAUUGUAAUGUUGUGCUGUGCUCAUGAGUUCCAAAAUGUGGAUCAGUUCCAUCAGAGAUAACAAAACUUGAAAGGUCAAUUAAAGAGAGUCUGCCGAACACAGCAUGUAUGACAUUAUCUGCAUGGUUUUUAUGAGGGUCUCAUUAAUGGCAACAGUUAUUGAUUUCUACUCCUGACCAGUGAAGUGGCGUGACAUACACUGGGCCACUUUGAUGUUCUUUCAAUAUUUGCAUCAGCAGCCACACACUUACAAAGGGAAAAAUCAAACAGAACCCCCGGAUAACAAACCCUAAAUCCAAAUUGUCCUACAGAACCAAUAUAAUCUGUUAACACUGGGGGGAUUGCCAACAUUUGGGUUGUUUUGUCAAGAACAUAAUGAAUUCCAUCGCAAUUUAGAGCUUUUCAGUUAUCACCUUUUGAACAUGAAAGUGCACUGCGCACAGUCUGUGUGAUACAAUUGGCAUGUAGUUUUUUUAAAGCGGUCUCACUGUUUGGAAGGGUCCCCAAAUGCUGGAGUGAGCUCUGAUUUGUGCAGUAAAACAGAGGCAUGUCAAGGAGGUGAAUGUGGCAGUGGCCUUGAAUAGGGCCUGUGCACCUGAUGGGAUGAAGGGUGACCUUGAGCAGUGGGAAGACUUGCCUGAACUGGAAAUCUUUGGGAAGACCAUGGGCCAUGUGGUAAGGCAGUAGUGGCGGAUGACUUUCUUGUCCUCAGAACACAUCUCCCAGAGAGAAGUGGGAGCUACCCAAAGAAAAGCAUGAAACAGGAAGGGCACAGACUGUUCCUGCCCAGGGUCCUUUCCCAGGCUCCCAGCAUGUCUGGAGUUGGAGGCCUUCUGGAUCUUGAGAUAGUGUGUGAUAGUAAAAUGCCAAGAAUGUCUUUUGAGUUUGAGAAUAUCUCCCACCAGGGAUAGUCCCUUGUGUUGUUGCUGGCUGCUGUAGGAAAUGUGUUGGGUAAGAGCUGGUGGGAUGCUGCCUACUGAAUACUGUCUGGUGAACCUUUUCGCUGCUGUUCUGGGAAAGUUGUUGUGGGAAGGCAGUGUUUCAACCUGCUGUCCUUGUGUAGUGGUGGCCAUCUACAGCAUUUCCACUGGUGUUGAAGUUGCCAUGAUGGUUAGUUGGUCCUACUGAGGCAGGAUUUCUCAGGACACAUGAGGAGGUGGGUGUAAUCUCUGUGUGCUCGGCUUCCCCUAUUUAUGGACUUGCACCAUCAGCCUUGGUAGGGAUGGUGUGUCCUGUUGUCACAUGUGGCUCAUUCUGAUGUCUGGACAUACAUGCUCAGCUCUGGUUUUCUAGAAUUUGGUGUAGUUCUCCUGAAGAAUAAGAUCCAUGUGGCCUGGGGUCAGAGGUGCCAGAGCUCCAAUCAAAACGUUUUUAAGAGCUCCAUUUCAAUUUGAACCUUAGUGUGCAGAAAAGACAUCACUCCAUAUGUUGUGGUGCCAAACAUGAGGGAAGAUGAGUAUGUGUGAAGACCUGGGUCAUGACGUGAGAGGGUUUUAGAGCUGAGGCAUGUUUUUGUGGUGGAGCAACGUCUGGGUGUUGUGGCAGUGAUGACACUGAGUAGGGCCUGUGUCUGCGUCACAUGGUGUGUGACCUUAAGCAGGGAUAAGUGUUGCCUGAGAGAAAUGGAUCUGCUGGGGAGAAUGCAGUCUGUGUCAUUGGGGAAGAACUGGAGAAUUUCUGUUAGCUGUGGAGGUCACAUUUCCCAUGGCAGAGGAUAGAAGAUGCAAGUAGAUAACCUUGAGAAGAAGCCUGGUGCACAGGGCUUCUCUCUUGGGAUCCACUCAGGCGCUACAGGAGUUCUACAUAUCGUUGCAGCCUGAUGUUAGCUGUGGCAUUACUGCUUUUGAAGAUAACUUCUGUGCAUGCCUGCAAUCAUUUGGUUUUGACAUGGAACGUUGUUGAUCAAACAGAAUCUUUUCAAAAUUUGUAUCAUCUUUCUGGUCUUAGUCUUGUGAGGGAGGGGAAGAAGUGCUCUUUGUAAUCGAGAUGUCAGCAAGCCUUCUGUUGCAGUAGAUGGAAUGGGUUCCUUCUGUUUUCUUCUCUAUAGUGAAAGUGUCCAUCCCUUAUUUUUUUUUCUUCUGUCAUGCUGUGAGUGUGUUGGAAAGAGGGGAUGAGAUGGAGAUUGUUGAAUUUUGGCACCUGCCAGGUAACAGGAGUUUGGGGAAUAUUCAUGAGUGUAUGGGAAAGUUUUUCCACUCUCCUGAGCUGAGGAUGUUGUUAAAGAGAAUGUCUGUAGCUUUCAGGUUUCCUACCUGCUUCCCCUUUGAUAGAGAUGCAUGAGGGAGCACCAUGGAGUUCCAGCAUUUUCAAAGCUUUUGGAGAACAUGAGUAUUUUUUUCUGUCCAGCAUCCCCUGAGAUUUCAGAUAAUGUUAAGGGACAAAGUCUCUCAAAACUAAUUCUGCUGUCCUGAAAGUGUUUCUUUUUCUGAAGAUAGCAGUGAUGCUACAGGUAAGUCACUUAUUAUAGAGAAUGUGUUUGAGAGGCUGAUAUCCUUUGUUGUCAUUCAGUUGUGGUUUCUUUCUGUUGGAUUAACUGAAUGUUGCCUGGAUUGAAAUGUCUGUAGCAGCAAAGCACCACUGCCUGCUCUUGUUCCCCUCCUGCUACUGCGUGGCAGAGGUUGAGAAGGUGGAAGUAAGGACUAGUGAAAGAGGGACCUUGAUGCGUUCCUUGGAGUGGAUGCAUUGGGCAUUGAGGGGAUGUUCUCACUGAAAAUGCUGUGGUGUUACCUUGGUGGCUUUAGUUUGGCUGUAUGAUGAGUGGAUCAUGCUAAUGACUGGGAACUGUGUAUGGCAUGGGGACUAAGUCCCUGGGAAGAGAGGUUCUUGCUGUGUUGUUCUGGCAGAGCAUUGCUGCCUGACAAAAAGAAGUAUGAUCUUCAAGUUCAUUCUCCAGGUGGAAGAGGAGGGUGGAAGAAUGGCUGUUCAUCGAGAUGUGUGGGACGUGCUCAGGAGCUGUGGUUCCUCGUGCUUUUUUAGCCAUCGAGGAGAGUUGUCUUGCUGGGCUGUGAUGGGUUUGGGUUUCUGAAUGAGAGAUUCUGCUGCGUAGUUUGGAGUCUUUGGAGCCUUUUUCAUUAGAGGUUUCCAUACCUGGUGCUUGGGCUUCUGUUGAGAAGGGUGAUGGAUUCUGUUCUGCUGCAGCAGAGCUUUUCUUUGCCAUAUGAGUGCCUUGCUCUGUUAUUUGCUGGGUGCUUGAGAGGACUGGAGGCUGAAGAGCGUGGCUUUCAUCGUGAAGAGAGGGUAAGUUGGAAAUGCAUGGAUGGGGUGAAAGCAGGAAGGCUUUUCUGUGACCAGAGGUAUGGAAGGUGGUAUGGAAGACGAAUGAGAGCUCUUGCCAAAAGGCAUGAUGAUGCUUCAUAUCAAGCGUGCUGGCACUGUUUUAAGAACAUUUUGGUAAUGGACAAAAAGAACACAAGAGACAAGGAUGGAAGCAGAGGAGAAAUGGAGGAAAAGACAGCACAGCGUGGCAAGAAAGAAAAAGAGAGGAUGAAAGAGAGGAAGGGAGCAAAGUGGUGGAGAAAGGAAGAGAAAGAAAAGAGAAAGAGAAAGGAGGAGCAAAACAAAAGAAGAAAAGGAAAGACUCGAUCGGAGAAAAAAAUUAAGGAGGAAAGAAGAGAUGCUUGAAGACAUAACCAGCAUGCUCUCAUGUUAUCUUGAGACACUGAAUGGAGAUGAGGAACUGAGCAUCCUCAGAACUCAGGGACACUCUGCAAUGCUCGAUGAAGAGUGGGGAGUAAGAGGAGUAAGAGUUCAUGCCAGAGGGCCUGUCCAUCCUUCUUUGUGAGCGUGGUGUGUGGUUUGGGAAUAUAUUUUAUUAAAGAAAGUAAAGAACAGAACAGACAAAGAUGGAAGUGGAAGAGGAGUGUAGGAAACAUAGGCAGGGGAAGAGAAUGGAAGACAAAGAAAAGAAAGAAUAUGAAGAGAAACGGAAAGAGAGACUAGCAGAAGGAAAUAAAGAAGGAAAGGAAAAAGGAAGGUGAGAAAGGAAGCAGAGAAAAGAGGAAGCGAAGGGGUGAUGACGAGCCCGCACCGAAUUCACUUCUGGCCGCGGAGCGGAACUGGUCCGUAGCUGCUCCUCGCGUGGGCAGAGCACUGCGCUCCGGUGCUGCUGCCCCGUCAUUAGCGGGGGUGGGUCCGUCUGUGACGGUAUCCGCCGCGGCGCCGGCGCAGACUGGGAGCUGUCAUCGAGGGAAGAGGAGAGAGAGGUAAGGAGUGACGCGAAAGGGGCGUAAAGAGCAGGGUAGGGCUGAGCAAGAAUGAAAAGGGAGAAUGGAGAACCGAAAAAACCCUAAGAAUUUGAGUAAGGGAAAAGAAAAAAAAAGAUAAGAAGCGCGUGAUGAAAUAGGAAGAAGGAAAUCAAGAAACCUAUGCAAGCGAAGAACACGGAAUAAGAAAGCAGUGAAAGAAGAGAAGGGGAGGAAGAGGAAAGCGAGAGCUCAGCAGCCCGGAUCCAGAGGAUUGGGCGGUGUCGGGGAGCGUGUGAGGCGUUGGAGCAGCACACGGUGUCGCUGCAGGCUCAGAAACGGCGUGUCGGAGGCUCCGCCCCGGUGAGAGCGGCGGAGAGCCCGGCUGUGAGUGCGGGGGGGCGGCGCGGGCCGGGCAGGAGAGCCGGUGCAUCCGGGCGGCGGCGGGGAGCCGUGCGGGAUCCGGGCCGGUGCCGGCGGGGUCGGUGGCGAUGGCGAUGUGCGGCGUGUAUCGGGAUGCUUUGAUAUGGGUGCUGUUGCUGCAGGCGUCCUGGGCGUUGGUCGGCGGGCAGGUGCGGUACUCGGUGCCGGAGGAAGCGAAGGCCGGGACGGUGGUGGGCCGGCUGGCGCAGGACCUGGGCCUGGAGGCGGGCGAGGCGGAGGCGCGUCGUCUGCGGCUGGUGGCGCAGGGCCGGCGGGCGAGCGUGGAGGUGAGCGGGGCGAGCGGGGCGCUGGUGGUGAGCUCGCGGCUGGAUCGGGAGGAGCUGUGCGGGAAGAGCGCGCCGUGCGCCCUGCGCCUGGAGGUGCUGGUGGAGCGGCCGCUGCGCGUCUUCCACGUGGAGCUGGAGGUCACCGACAUCAACGACAACGCCCCGGUCUUCCCCGCCGCUCGUAAAAACCUCAGCAUCGCGGAAUUAUCUACGCUACCGGGAUCUCGGUUCCCGCUGGAGGGCGCGUCGGAUGCAGAUGUCGGAGCGAACGCGCAGCUCUCCUAUAGCCUCAGCCCCAGCGAGCAUUUCGCUUUGGAUUUACAAAAAACCGAGGAAGAGGGUGAGUCCUUAUUUCUUGUGCUCAGAAAGCCUCUGGAUCGAGAGACGAUGCCGUUUCACCAUUUGGUGCUGACGGCGAGUGACGGGGGCCGUCCGCCGCUAACGGACACGGUGGAGCUGGUGAUCUCGGUGCUGGACGCCAAUGACAACGCUCCCCAGUUCAACCAGUCUGUGUAUAAAGUGCAGCUUCCGGAAAAUUCUGAACGCGGUACUAUAGUGUUCAUAGUAACAGCGUCGGAUUUGGAUGAGGGUACCAACGGGAAUGUCUCGUACUCUCUGCAGAACUUGUUCCCUCAGGAUGGAAGAGACGUUUUCGGGAUCGACAGAAAUAGCGGAGAGAUCCAACUCCAGGGAGACUUAGACUUUGAGGACGUUGGUGUCUACCGCCUGCAGGUGGAUGCUGUAGAUGAGGGAAACCCACCUCUGUCUGGACACUGCAAAGUCGUGGUGGAGGUGCUGGACGUGAACGACAACGCGCCGGAGGUGUGGGUGACGUCGCUGUCGGUGCCGGUGCCGGAGGACGCGGCGGUGGGGACGGUGGUGGCUCUGCUGAGCGUGUCGGACCGGGACUCGGGGGCGAACGGGCGCGUGCGCUGCUCGGUGUGGCCGGCGGCGCCGUUCGGUCUGGUGUCGACGUUCGCGGGGUCGUACUCGCUGGUGCUGCGGGAGGCGCUGGACCGGGAGCGGGUGUCGGAGUACGAGGUGGAGGUGCGGGCGGAGGACGGCGGGGCGCCGCCGCUGCGCGCCAGCCGCGGUCUGCGGGUGCCGGUGUCGGACGUGAACGACAACGCGCCGGCGUUCGCGCAGGCCGUGUACACGGUGCUGGCGCGGGAGAACAACGCGGCGGGCGCGGAGCUGGCGCGGCUGUGGGCGCGGGACCCGGACGAGGCGGGCAACGGUCGCGUGAGCUACUCGGUGUCGGAGGGCGGCGGCGGGGCGUCGGUGUCGGGCGGCGGGUGGCGUCCGGCGUCGAGCUACGUGUCGGUGGACGCGGAGAGCGGGCGUCUGUGGGCGCUGCAGCCGCUGGACUACGAGGAGCUGCAGGUGCUGCAGUUCGAGGUGCGGGCAGUGGACGCGGGGGAGCCGGCGCUGUGCGGCAACGCCACGGUGCAGCUCUUCGUGCUGGACGAGAACGACAACGCGCCGGCGCUGCUGCCGCCUGUCGGCGGCGGGCCGGGCGUCGGGGCGUCGGGCUCGGCGGUGCCGGGGGCGCUGUGGGCGUGGGCGUCGUGGGGGGCGCCGGCGGGGCAGGUGGUGGCGAAGAUCCGCGCGGUGGACGCGGACUCGGGCUACAACGCGUGGCUGCGCUACGAGCUGUGGGAGCCGCGGGGCAAGGGCCCGUUCCGCGUGGGGCUGUACAGCGGCGAGGUGAGCACGGCGCGGGCGCUGGAGGAGGCGGACGGCCCGCGGCAGCGCCUGGUCAUCGUGGUGCGGGACCACGGCGAGCCGGCGCGCUCGGCCACGGCCACGCUGAGCGUGUCGCUGGUGGAGGGCGCCGAGGCGGCGCUGGCGGCCGCGGGCUCGUCGGGGUCGGGGCUGCGGCCGGCGGAGGGUGGCGCGUCGGCGGAGUCGACGACGACGACGACGACGAACGUGUGGCUGGUGGUGGCGAUCUGCGCGGUGUCGAGCCUGUUCCUGCUGGCGGUGGUGCUGUACGGGGCGGCGCGCUGGGCGCCGCGGGCGGCCGUGCUGUCGGGGCCCGGGCCGGCCACGCUGGUGUGCGCCAGCGAAGUGGGGAGCUGGUCGUACUCGCAGCGCCAGAGCCGGAGCCUGUGCGUGGCGGACGGCGCGGGCAAGAGCGACCUGAUGGUUUUCAGCCCCAACUUCCCUCCGCCGCCCGGCCCCGCGGCAGAGAACGGUUCUGCUGGGAAGGGGCCGUCUCUCUCCCCAUUUGCUUCAGGCGCGCCAAAACAUCCUAAUCCUGACUGGCGCUACUCUGCGUCCCUGAGGGCAGGAAUGCAAAGUGCUGUGCAUAUGGAAGAGGCAGGAAUCCUACGUGGAGGACCAGGAGGGCCUGAUCAACAGUGGCCAACAGUGUCCAGUGCUACUACAGAACCUGAGGCGGGAGAGGUGUCCCCCCCAGUGGGAGCUGGUGUGAACAGCAACAGCUGGACCUUUAAAUUUGGACCGGGCAAUCCCAAACAAGGUGGUCCUGGUGAGUUGCCAGACAAAUUCAUUAUCCCAGGAUCUCCUGCAAUCAUCUCCAUCCGGCAGGAGCCACCAAACAGCCAAAUUGACAAAAGUGACUUCAUAACCUUUGGCAAGAAGGAGGAGACCAAGAAAAAGAAGAAAAAGAAGAAGGGGAACAAGACUCAGGAGAAAAAAGAAAAGGGCAACAGCACCACUGAGAACAGUGACCAGUGAGGGGUUUAUACUGAAAGAAACCAUUUAGCCAGUUUUUGUAAUAAUGGCAUAUUUCUCCUAUGUAGCAACUCCCAGCUUCUUCCUACUGUUAACAAAUUUCCUGUAUGUACAGACUUGAGAAAAUCAGCAGGAAUUUCACAGUGUCUGUCUAAAUUGCUUAACAGGUUUUGUCUUAAAAGCUUUAUUAAGUCUGGUGUUAACUCUUUUUCUCCACUCUGGCUUGUUUUCAGAAUCUAAAAAGCAGACACAAGUUUCCUUUCUCCUACGCCGAAAAGGAGAAUCUUCACAGUACAGCCAGUGAGAGGUUGGACUCUGCACUGUGGUUCCUGUGCUCCUGUCUUGAUGACACUUACAGGACAGGUUUAAAAGUUUUAAUGUUGUGCACCCUCUAUCUGAUUGGAAAUAUUUGUGUGCAGAUGUCAGCUAGAUUAUAUGAGAUCAGAUUAUAAAAUGCAAGAAGAGCUGAUAAAUAUGCAACAGAGGAAACACCUAAUGAACACAAAUGUUCAAAGAUGUUCAGGCUGGGGAGGAAAUGUCAGAAAGGAGAUGACCAGACUUUUCAAAUCUUGAGAAGUCACUGUGUGGAAAUACUGAGUUUUAUACAUGAUGUAUUAUGCACACCCCUGCAAAUAAAACCUCACAUUUACAGCUCUUUAAGAUACCAUAAAUUUCAUCUCUUACCAAGGAAGCCAUUGGGACAAUUGUCCCUUGAAGCCCUGCAUUACCCUGGCAUGGCUAGCCCUCAGAGUGUAAGAAGGGCUGGGCUGACAUCCCAGGAAUGUAACUGACUGUGAAGCUCUGUGUCCCUAUUUCCACUCUAACAUUAUUUUGCACAUUAUGUCUCUGAAAAGGUCAGAGUUUUUCCAUGACACUUAUGCAAAAGAGAGAGGAAAAAAAAAAGUUAACUAUGCUAUUUGUUAUUCGAGAUAUUUAUUUAUAAAGAAAUAUAGCUGUAAAUGUUGAAGAAAUAUGAUGCCCUUUAACCCAAACAGAAGUCAAUCUAGAGCCAUUAUAAGUUACAAUUGCUGCUAUUAAAGUGCUUUAGAAAAAUUGCCUGAAACAUCUGUAUUAUAUCGGCCACUUGCCAAUAACAGCUUUAUUCUGUCGGGUGACUUGGGGGCUGCCUCUUGCAUGUAUUAAUAAAUACAAGAAUAUCUUUUCUCUUUUUUUUUUUAAUUUUUUAUUGCAUUGAUCUGCACUUUGAAUACACCUUUGCAAACAAACUGUCCUAAUAUGAAGAAGCAGAAGCAAACUCCUCACACAAAUGGAUUUACUAACUUGCUAGCUUUGUGCAGUACCUUCGUGUUACCUCCUACACAACCUUUUCUGAUUUUAGUUUAACUUUUCUAUGAGAUUAUGAAUUUCUGACCCUAUUAACACUCAUUAUGUAAAAUUCAAGUACUGUAUGUAUGCUGUAUGCUCUUAUAAGAAUCCUGAAAUAUUUAUUCUGUGCUUGUGUAUGUGAAUGUCAAUGCAACUAUUAUUAGAGUGGACAUUAAGCUUUACCGUUGAAUGUAAAUUCAUUAUUUCUUUUUUGUACACUUGUGGAAAAGUGGAGUAGUGUUAAUUUUUUAAGCCACUGUUUAUCAGUUUUUUGUGUAUGAAACACAAGUAAAAUAUCUUUCUUAAAUCAAGCUAUGCAUGCAUUUGAGGAUUUAUUGGUAAGAAUCUGUGAAGCUUAAGCUCUGUGAAUUACUAAACCUAAGGGUAUAAAUGGAGUGCUGAAUGUGGUUGAGGAUAUUAAUAUAAAAACAAUACAUGUAUUUUUAAAUAGCAUAUAGCUGAUGAGGGAAUUCCAAGGAGUUUUCUACAUUAUUGUAUAUUCACAGAAUAAAGCUGAACUGUCGUAAUAAUUGGAACUGUGUAAGAAACUACAUAGCUCUAAAAUUUCUAAUAGGCCCUUUAAUCUAGGAUCAAAGAGAACAACUGGAUUUCUUGAGACAUGUCCUGAAUGUUUUAAGUUUCCAAACUGCUGACAGUUCAGAAUAGGACAAUUUUUAUUCAUUUUUAAGAACCUGCAGCGACUCUUAAAACAUCACAGAAGGUAAAGCUCUAAUAAAAGAACUCAUAUCUCAGAGCAUGAACCACCAAUGGCCUCAUGUGGUCUAUUUAGAGUUUUCUUGUGCUACCAGUCUUGGUUUACUGGCAAUGAAAAAGAUGAUACUUGAGAAAGAGAAUCCUUGAUUCAGUUCUAAAGGCUAACCAAGAGGAAAAAAUUUGGGGUGGGAGCUGUUCUUUCAUGCAAGCGUGCUAUGCAAGUACAUUUAGACUGAAUUUUUUAUUUGGCGACUAAUCCAACUGAUCCCAAAAUGUUCAUAAACUGGAGUUACGGUGGUAACUUCAACACACAGAAAGAUAGCCUUGGUUUGUUCUUGUCAUAAAGUAGUUCUCCUCAAUGCCUCUGUCAAAAAUCUAACACAAAGAUUAAAUUCUUACAGGAAUCUUUAAUAUUUUAUUUUUUUUAGACAUCAGUUGAAUAUCUUUUUUUUUUUUUUGAGUGCUUGCCUUUUCCUCUCUACAGUCUAAUCUGAUUCAUUUUUCAUCAGUGGCCUGAUGCAGCUGAUCUUCCAAGGUUUGUUUCUAUCAAAAUGAACCAAGAGCUGCAGUAUGUCUGAUUUGCCUGUUUUAACACAAAACUGCAUUUGUCAGCACUGUCUUUGCUGCAAAUGUUUACUGCUGGAGGACUGUAUGCUUGCAUAACUUGGUAGACAAAAGCAGAAUAUCUGAAGAGAAGCAAUCCAGUAUGGAGAUUUGAUAGAGCAGAGAAAAAACUUUCAGAGGAGAGAAGAUGCUCCUACUGGCAUAGUUUAAAAGGAGGCUGGAUCGCACUAGUAGAAUACACAUUACACAGAUUCACUGUGUUUUCAGAAGACUGAAUCAGGCACCUCACCAGAUUUUUAAGAGAUUUUUCUGUAUUUGAACCCUAUAGUGCAACUGGAAUGCUGAGAUGUUUUAAGUGAAAUUUGGCUGUUUCAAAACUAGUGUAUAAAUUAUACCAUUGACGUCCUUGGUUUUGGUGUCCAAGAGGAGGAGAAACCCUUGGCACAAACCAUUUGGAUGUCAGGAAGGGGGCAUAAUUUGCACAUUCUGCCACAGUUUUGGGGGGUGCUGCUUAAAUACUAUGUGACAAUGAGAACUGAGAAUCAGAGGUGGCCAAGACCAGUAAGAACUAAGACACAAAAGUCUCUUUUAUCCUCUUGCUGACAAUGAAAGGAGCAAGACAAAGUACACUGCAGAAUUUGUUAAGAAGGAAAUUGCAGUUCUGGCGCCUUUUACCACCUGAAAAAUUUAUUUCUCUCAGAAUCCAUGUAUUUUCUGUGAGUAUAUUGUCUUUGGAAAUCUGGUUUUUAUGCAUACAAGAUCAGUGAGCAAAACUAUUGGGCUUUUAUAACAAUUAAGUCUGAGUUAUGUUGUAUAUUAAUUACAUACUGACAUUAAAAAGAUAUCUUACUUUA